AUGCAGUCAAUCAAUCGGUACCACGAUAGCCCUUUGAGGCAGUUGCCCAUGUACAAGCACACCCAAUUAUCCAAGGGCGAGAUCAGACUCAUAAAGCUACGCUCGCCCGUCGAUGACAGCGACGACUCGCCGCUCGAAUGCGAUAUCUCCAUAGUGCCGCUGAGCAAUUGCCCCAAGUACAAUGCCCUCUCGUAUUGCUGGGGUACUGACACUCCGACGCACCCGCUCACGGUGGGAGGGCAGCAGAUCCUGGUGCGGGACAAUCUGUUCUCCUUCCUCCAUGAAGUUCUCCUGCGCAGACGUCGUUCUGUCCAACAACACGAUUCGUAUCGUGAGGCUGAGGGUACCAUUUCGAGACUGGACAAUGUGCAGGAGGAUGAACAAGUCCAAUAUCUCUGGACCGACGCCAUCUGUAUCAAUCAAGAGGAUGACGAGGAGAAGAGCGCACAGCUAAGACUGAUGCGGGACAUUUAUGCCUCGGCGAGUUCUAUCAUCAUCUGGCUUGGUGAAGAGAUGGAUGGCAGUUCAACGGCUUUUAAGGCUUGGAUGCUAUGUUCUGGAAGAGCCAGUCCUGGGGAAGAUCCUGGGGAUACGUUGCCAUCGCCAGAAAUCGCACUGUCGCCUGAACACUACCAAUGCUUGAGUGCAUUGAGGAAGCGAAAGUACUGGUUCCGAGUCUGGGUUCUGCAGGAAGCCUCGACUCCCGGAGUUCCGAAGAUUAUAUGGUGCGGUCAAGACUCAGUAGCUCUGAGGGACGCCGCUGUAGCAAAUGAACACACACUCGAUCUUGCCCAGGCUCAGAGAAUUCCGGCAUCCGGUCUAAAUCCCUGGAUCCACCAACUGGAUUCACUAAUUAGAAUGGAGGAAGCAAGAACCUCUGGCAAAGACAUCCGACAAUCCUCAUCACUUGGGCGAGGUCCCAGCAUCAAGUCGCUCAUGGACCUAUUGAACGAGACGCGGGAGCUGGAAGCUACAGAUCCACGGGACAAAAUGUAUGCUUUGUUUCCGAUAUACUCGGAUCUAUAUCCCGGCGGUGCUCAGCCGCAGAUCGACUAUACCAAGACGCCCGAGGAUGUGCUGAAGGAUGUCGUCAUGCACAUCCUGUUGGAGGAGCGAAACCCGCAAGCGUUGCUAUUUUGUAAAAACAGGCCACUAGACUCGGCCUGUAGUUGGGUUUUGCAGCUCAAAGAUCUGCGGCACUCCAUCCUCGCCCAUUGGCAAGCCGUGUUUCGCGUCAGCGGAGAGACCGAAGCGAAGCUGUCGAUCAACGAGGAGCAGACGCUUAUCACGUUCCGUGGGAUCCGCCUCGAUACGAUACGAAAAGUACACCGCCCUCUCACACCGCCAGGUGAUCUUGACGGCUCGGAAAUUUCCACAAUCUCGCGUGAAGCGAUCCAGGCAUGGUUCACAGCAUUGGCAGCAUUCUUCUUCAGAGACCACGAGGAGCAGAUGUAUGUCCGCGGGGGCAGCCUGUCGGAAGCUGUGGAUCGCUUGUUGUCCCUGGACCAAGUCCCGGGCUUCGGGCUGCGCGGCAGAGGUGAAGUCACGCACUGGCCUCUCAGGGAGACAGUGGACGGUGGCGGGCUGGCCUCUCCCAUGUGGCAGUUUCGGCAUAGCGACAUUGACGAUUUGCUGAUUCGCACUGGGCCCCUGUCUCCUUUCUGGACGGCGUCUGGGCUGGUGGGGGCCGGAGAAGGUCAACCCCGUGCUGGCGACUCCAUCGUCGCGUGCCUCGGUUUGUCCUUGCCACUUGUGCUGCGCCCGCACGCCAGCUCGUACAGGGUUGUCGGACCGUGCUACGUACAAGGCAUCAUGUAUGGAGAGGGUAUGGAGGACGGGGUUGCUGAAGAUUUUGUGAUCUCUUAA